GGGUGGUUCUGGUCUGAUCAGAGACGCGUCCUGCUUCACCCAGGACAGAACCCAACCUCAACGCUAGAGAUCAGAACAAAGCAGAGCAGUUUUCCACUCGAGAACUUUACUACUGUGGAACUUUAUUACUUUGUAAUAUUUGUAAUAAUUUAAAUUAAUCCGCUUAAACAAGGAUGGCUUCUUCAUCUUCAUAUUCUAUUCUACUCAUUCUUCUCAUUCUCUGCAUCACCAUGGUUAAACAGGUGGCAAGCAGACCAUCACCACGAAGACCGGACUCUCAGAUUCUGAAGGAUCUAUUUGGGUCGGAAAUCAGUUCGCUCUUAAUGGCACAGCCGGAGGUCACUGAGGGCUCGGCUCAGAGCCCCGUCCCCUCCGAGACUGAGAGGCGUGGUCUGGGUGCACAGCCUUCCAAAGAUGUUCCCCGUCUCUUUUUGGACUUCCUAAGCAUACAAAGGAAAUUGAAAGGGCGGAGCAGGAAGAGCUCAGCGCGAGGCUGCUUCGGCAUGAAGGUGGACCGCAUUGGAGCACUGAGUGGAUUGGGGUGCUAACACAGGAUUUCUGUGAUCCAGUGUAUAGAUCGAUGUGUCUACAAGUGUGUGAGAUACCUUGUGCUGCUGGAACAGCCAUACUCAACUGAACUUCCUCAAAUUCUGCACUCCUCUUCUCAUCCCUCCAUCCAUCAAGAGGCAAGCAACACUCCAACAGUGCGGAAAAAAGACACCGUACACCACAAUUCCAAACACAAGCUGACCUCACGUGCCUCAGAGAAAAGAAAAGGAACUGUAUUAAAACAUAUGUGAUUUACACUUGAAGUGUUCAUCAGCGACGGACAGCUGGACUCUCCAAUGCAGCUGCAGAUUUAGACGGACUGUGAUUGACAGGUGAAUUAGACAGUCAGAAACGCACCUACAGUGUAUGUGUAGGGAAGUAGGGGAAAGUCAAUAUGAGCUGUUUUUUUAGUACAUCAGCUGAAGAAUGAAACUGGACACUGAUGCUGGAUCAAAAACUGUGCAAGAGUUGUAAUGAGCUGACGUGUGGUCAGUUACCUGACGUUCACCACAGCCUGGUGGAAAUCUGACGUGUCCUGACCUUUCAUUCAGGGCUAAAUGUAACUUACUGUGUCUGUGUGUAACUGUUUGUGUAAUUCCCCUCUCUAAGGUCUUCCCAUAAGUGUGUUCUCCUAAAAUACUGUGUCACAGUGAGGUACAAGCUUUAUGCAAUUUAUUGUAUGUCACAGCACAUAUAUUUGUAGUGCAUUAUUAAUAUUCACCCUAAUGAGAAACUGUAGCUCUGCCUCAGUGUACAUCACAAAACCUACAUUUAGAGUUAUAUUAAUAUUUAGAUUGUAACAUAUUGAAUAUGAUUUUUAUCAGCAUUCUGUAAAGCCUCACAGCAGAAGCGGAACACAAGGAGGAACACUUAUGUGGGUGGAUCUUGGCGAGGGUAUCUGACGUGUUCAUCUGCAUUAGAUGACGAAACUGUAGUUUCAGUUCUACAGACUGUAAAACUGGGGAAAUUCUCCUCUAAAUAGAAAUGUAAUGAAAGUAACACAACUUUAACUUGGUGUGUUUAAAUG